AGAAUCACUUGUUUCCUCCGUGGAGAAGGAAACUCACCGGGACUAGAGAGCGUUUGAGUCCGGUGGAGAGCAGCCUCAGCCUGCCUCAUACACAGGAGCUGCUCGGUGCUCUUCACGGUUCUUCCCCCCGGAGUUUCUGCGGAGAGUUUGCCCGGAAACAAGCAGCGCGAUGCGGGAUGUCCACCUGGACAACGAGACCUGCAGGAACGGGUCGGGGGUGCAACUGUGGUGCGGCCCUCAUUCGGUGGUGUGUUCAAUCUAUGGAGAUCAAACAACGCUACACACACACCUGGAGAACAGCACACUUACUACAGAUGUGUAUUCAGACAGCAGCUCUUACAGGCCGUGGCUCGGUCUCUCGUUGGCGCUGCUGUCGGCCGUCCUGAUUGGUGGAAGCGUCAUCCUGAAGAAGAAAGCUCUCCUCCGAUUGGCCGACAGCGGAAACACCCGAGCAGGGGACGGAGGACACGGCUACCUGAAGGACUGGCUGUGGUGGGGAGGCCUGCUCACCAUGGGAGUUGGAGAGGUGUGUAACUUCGCCGCCUACAUGUUCGCUCCGGCCACGCUGGUGACGCCGCUCGGAGCCCUGAGUGUCCUCAUCAGUGCAGUUCUGGCGCCCUACCUGUUGGGGGAGCAGCUGAACGUGAUGGGGAAACUGGGCUGUUUGUUGUGUGUUUUGGGAAGCAUCCUGUUGGUGAUCCACGCCCCACAAGAACAGGAAGUGACAUCACUACAGGACAUGACCGACAAGCUGCUGGAGCCCGGUUUCCUGGUGUACUUGUCGGCGGUGCUGCUGCUGUGUUCGGUGCUCGUUUUCUAUUUCUCUCCUCGGGUCGGUCGCUCCAACAUCCUCGUGUACAUCAGCGUCUGCUCGCUGCUCGGGGCGUUCACCGUCGCCUCCGUGAAGGGCCUCGCCAUCGCCAUCAACACCGUGGUUGAUGAUGUUUACGUGCUGGCGAACCCUCUCACGUGGAUCCUGCUGGUGACGCUCGUCGUCUCCGUGGUAACACAG